AUAAUGGCACUGGUCGCAAUCGCUACGAUCCAGCAUCUUCAAGCGACAUGAGUGCUACAGCAUGUAUUAUUGAGGGCUGUAGAUGACUCACCUAAAUAUUUUCAACACAUUGCUGUCGGACUCGUCGCCUUGGAAUUUGUUCCCAGUGCCAUCGAAGCACAGGAUAAAUUGUUUUGGGCUCAGGCUGGUUUCGUUGUGCCCCAUCUUGUACUUCUGGUUUGUGUUUCCUAUAGUCUAUCGCACGAGUAUAAUACCCGGUAGUGUGCACCUGGGUUUGGUUGCGAUAUUGCGGCUGACGGAUUUAGCUCAGAAAAUAACAGAAAGAUCCCAAUUGCUAACUCUCAUCUGGGAUGCAUGCCGAUUUAUUCUCUACUUUAAGUGGCCAAUAGAAAGAAGUCCACUACAAGUAUACCAUUUUGCACUCGUGUUCAGCCCAAGCUGCAGCCUAAUACGAGGAUUGUUUGAGCAAGAGCAGCCCCAAUGGAUUACGACCAAACCGACUAUAGAAGAUAACUGGGGUGCUUGCGUACAGACACUUGAGGGCCAUAGCGGCUCGGUCACGUCGGUCAUCUUCUCCCAUGACUCCAAGCUCCUCGCCUCUGCUUCUUACGAUGACACCAUCAGGGUCUGGGAUGCCAGAAGCGGCCAGUGCCUACAGACGCUUAACUUUGGAAGAGUCGUCAUUGUAAAAUAAUUUGACAUUACCAAUACAUACCUUUCAAC